AUGAACCUGAAACUCCUUUUUGGCCCUGGAUUCCUUCUGCUGCUCGUUGUCAGUCAAAACCAGGCAGGGGCCAGAUCCAUUUCCAGCUUACAGAGUGAGUCCAAAUUGCUGGAUGAGGACCUGGAGCAUCCCCUGGUGCCAGAAGAGUGGGAGCACGAGCAGGACGAGCUGAUGGCAGGAGAUGUCCCUGAUCAGCCAGAAACUGAACUGCAGUGGAUGCAAAGCACCAGGGAGCAGCCCAGGAACCUUUCCAUGGGUGAUGCUGCUGCCAUCCAGAGAUUCCUCAGCCACCUCCUGAGCUCACCCCGCAGAUACCAAGGCAGAAGGAAAAAGGGGCUCUCCAAACCACACAGGGGCUGUUUUGGGGUCAGACUAGACAGAAUUGGGUCACUGAGUGGAUUAGGAUGCUGA